AUGGCGCUGAUCACCUCUGAGGCUGCUUUCCUGCAAAGGUGUUCCGAGGUCAGCUCAGAUGGGUCGCUGCACGCGGCUUUGGUUGCCCAGGGCAUUCGCAAUUUUCGUCAGCUUGCUUUUGCCAUAGGCACCCCCAGAGUAGAGCCGUCGGCUCAGCAGUACUCCGACUUGGCAACACAGGUCUUUGGUGCGAGUCCGGCACUGGGAAAGAUUGCUAUCCUGAGGGAUCUUCACUUUGAAGCCACGACAUAUGUCAUUCAAGUGUUCAAGGAGCAGGCAUCUUCAGACACCGCGGAUGUGCAGAUCAAGCGCUUACCGCUGCCGGAGCGAACAGCUCGUGCCCUUGACCAGCAGCGUAGGCUGAGUGGAGUCGCCAUCACUGGUGAGCUUCAGCCGUCUUACAACCUAGUUGACAAGUGCAAUACCAUGCUGGAGUCUGGGGCUUUAGUGUGGUUGCCGCCUUCGGUUUGCAGUAAGAGGGAUGCUGAGGUUGCGAUCGGAAUCACGGAAAAGUCUCCUGUCGUUCAUCUUGAGAAAGAUGCGUUGAAGUUGACAGCGCCUCAGCCUAAAAUCCCAGUGGACUUGUCCAGUCCGCUCAACCUUAUGUGGGCUUGGCAAAGACGUGGAAUUGCUAUGGACCAGUGCGGAUUGCUGUCGUGGGCAGUUCAUGAACAGUAUGUGCAACGCCUGUUGAAUCUGCUGACCGCUCCGGUCCCGAGUCAUUGCUCUCCUGUGCGCACUGAACAGCUUAUCAGGGCUGACAAAGAAGUGUGGACAUUGCUUGCAAGAGAGGUACAGCCACCUUACAAGUCGUUGCCUACCGGGAUUAAGCCAUUAGAUGCCCCUUUUACGAGUAUGAUGUUUGAUCAGCGGAUUCAGGUUUGGCUCACGCCAGUCGCAAGCACUAAUGUCUCAUCUGCUUCAGGUGCAGGUGCAGUGCCCGAGGUGCCAGAUCUUCCUACGCCACAUGGUCCGCAGAAAACCCCGACAAAGAAGAAGAUUCGUAAGAAGGCGCGGGCUCUCAUGCCAGAGUCCUUUAAGAAAUGCCCAAGGUUUUCUAAGGGACCCGUGUGUUGGGCGCAUAAUGGUGAAGGCACAGGCGAUGCUUCUUCCGAUCCAGGUGAACAACCUGCG